UUUUCAUCUCUAUUCACGUUGGUCAUCAUCGCCACCAUCGCUUCCGCACUUUCCAUCUCGUGCCCUCUUUGGAUUUAUCCUCUGCGGCCGCGGCAACCAGCAGCGGAAUCCCGAUUCGUUUCUUGCCGACUUGGGUCCGGAAUCGAUCGGUCGGCUUAGAAGGAGGGAAGGGACAAGGAAAGAGACGAGAUGGCGUUCAACUUCACGGGCACGCAGCAGAAAUGCAAGGCCUGCGACAAGACGGUCUACCUGAUGGAUCAGUUGACCGCCGAUGGCGUCGUCUUCCACAAGUCCUGCUUUAAGUGCAACCACUGCAAAGGAACCCUCACGCUAAGUACAUAUUCUUCAAUGGAAGGUGUUUUGUAUUGUAAGCCUCAUUUUGAACAGCUCUUCAAAGAAUCUGGCAACUUCAACAAGAAUUUUCAGUCACCUGCAAAAUCAGCUGAAAAAGCCCCAGAAUUGACUAGGUCUACCAGCAAAGCUGCCAGUAUGUUUUCAGGAACACAAGAAAAAUGUGCCACUUGCACGAAAACAGCAUAUCCUCUUGAAAAGGUGACUGUUGAAGGACAGGCAUAUCACAAGUCCUGUUUCAAAUGUUCUCAUGGAGGCUGCUCGAUUACCCCUUCAAACUAUGCAGCUCUUGAAGGGAUCCUCUAUUGCAAGCACCAUUUCUCCCAGCUUUUUAAGGAAAAGGGAAGUUACAACCAUCUAAUCAAGUCUGCUUCGAUUAAGCGUGCAGCAGCAACCGCCCCAGAUCUCUAGUUCUGUUGAAUCUUGCAGCUAUUUACCAUCUCAGUGGCAAAUAAUUCUGUAUUCUAUGCUUCCGCCUUUGCCGCUUGAUCUGCUAAGACAUUUGCCAUCUUGUUUCUCCUUGUUGAUUUACCUUUCAUUCAUCAUGUGGAAUCUGUGGCAGAACUUAUCCAAGAGAAACUGGUCUUCUAAAUUGUUAUUGUUGUCAGGUUCAUCCA